ACCUUCCUACGAGGUAUUUCUAAGUUUUCGAGGACUAGACACUCGUCAUGAAUUCACUGAUUUUCUUUACCAUGGCAUGGUUAAGGCCGGGAUCCUCGUCUUUAGGGACAAUGAAUCCCUCCAUGUCGGUAAAAGAAUUGGCGAUGAACUUCUACAAGCAAUCAAGAACUCCAAGAUCUACAUUCCCAUAUUCUCCAAAAAUUAUGCUUCGAGUCACUGGUGCCUCCGAGAGCUUGCAUACAUGGUUGAGUGCACCUCCAAAUCGAAUGAGACUAAAGAGAUUUUGCCCAUUUUCUUGGAUGUGGAGCCUGAUGAUGUCAAGCUCAAAACAGAAUUAUACAGCAAAGCUCUAUCGAAGCACGAGAAAAAGUUUUGCACUGAAGUUGAGUCAUGGAAAAAGGCUCUUAUUGAGGUGGACGAGAUAAAGGGAUGGAACUGGAAGAAAGAUGAAAGUAACAAAUCUCCUAGCCGUUCCACCAAGCCACCGCCAGCCACCACAGCAACUCAACGCCAAGUAGAUUUGACACAAUCUAUAAUUCAAUUUGUGUCGAAUAAGCUGAACGUCGGAUUUAAAAAAAAUGUGACUGAACAUCUAGUUGGAGUUGAUGAUCGUGUAGAAGUUAUAAUCAAAAUGUUGCAUGUGGAAUCCGAUAGCGUACAAUUCCUCGGAAUCCACGGAAUAGGCGGGAUUGGCAAAACAACACUUGUCAAGAUCAUCUUCAACCGACUAUCUUCUCACUUCCGAGGCUGCAAUUUCCUUUCAGAUAUCGGAGAGUCAUCACGACGUCAUGGUCUGGUACAUUUGCAAAAACAGUUACUAUCCAAGUUCCACGAUUCUUGUUCUAUCCUCGACAAAAUUCACGACGUGGAUGAUGGGAUCGACCUGAUUAAGAGAGUACUUCGCAAUAAAAAAGUUCUCCUUGUUCUUGACGACGUGGAUGAGAAAGAGCAACUCAAAAUAUUAGCAAAAAAGGGCAAUUGGUUCGGUUCCGGUAGUAGGAUUAUCAUAACUACUAGGGACCAAAGUGUCCUAAUGAUUGAGGGAGAAGCAACAGAUGAAGGCCCUGUAAAAAAGUUUGCAAAUGUUUGGACUUACGAAGUACAUGCAAUGGAAUUUGAUCAUGCUCUUAAGCUUUUUAGUAGGCAUGCUUUUAGAAGAGACUCUCCACCAUACCAUUAUGUCUCCCUUUCAAAAGCAAUUGUCUCUACUUUGGGAAUGCUUCCAUUGGCUCUUGAGAUUACAGGUUCAUCCCUUAGCGGUAAAUCCGAAAAAAUAUGGGUAGACACAUUGAAGAAGCUAGAAGAAGCUCCUCCCAGGGGAGUCCAAAAAAAAUUGAUGGUAUCUUAUGAAAGGUUAGAUCAUGCACAAAAGCAAGUAUUUCUGGAUAUAGCUUGUUUUUUUGUUGAUCGGGACAAAACAUACCCUCUGUACAUGUGGGAUGAAUGUGGAUAUCACCCACACGAUUCCCUUGAAGUCCUCUCUCUCAUGUCCUUGAUAAAAAUCAAAGACAGCAAUACUUUCUGGAUGCAUGAUCAAGUGCGGGACCUCGGAAGGGAGAUUGUUCGUCAAGAGAAUUUUAACAAUCCCUGCAAGCGUAGCAGAGUGUGGAAUUAUAAGGAAGCCUUGAGAAUUCUGAAGCUGAAAGAGGGAAGUCGGAAAAUAGAAGCACUGUCUGUAGGAUAUCAUGGAAAUGAAGACGUUAUUUUAAAGCAUGAUGAAUUUGCUAAUUUGCGGAACCUGAGGUUCUUUCGGGGGGAUGGGGUGCUCUUUGUUGGAGACUUCAAUAAUCUUCUCUUCAAUUUAAGAUGGAUUUCUUGGCAAAGUUGCCCUCCCCAGUUUGAGGCAACAAACUUUCAUCUGGCUAAUUUAGUCGUUCUUGACCUUUCACGGAGCUAUAUUUCUGAGGAAUGGAUUGGCUGGAACCAAAUCAAAGAGGCCAGAAAUCUAAAAGUACUAAAUCUCAGCUUCUGCUACCACUUAAAAAGAACACCUGAUUUAUCUACGUGGGUGUAUCUGGAGAAAUUGGUUUUUGAACACUGUUCCAACUUAAUUGAAAUUGACCCAUCCAUUGGUAAAUUAAAGCUCCUAACUUCUUUGAACUUGGGGGGAUGUUGGUCUCUUCAAGAGUUGCCUAAAGAAAUAGGAAGUCUACAAGCUUUGACAGAGAUUGUCAUGCCUAUUACGCUACGUGAACUUCCGGAGACGUUUGGUAAUUUGCAGUCACUAUUGACCUUAGAUGUAUCAUAUAAGGAUAUCAUCAAAUUGCCAUACUCGAUUGGAGGGCUGGUGAAACUUACGCGGUUGAAUUUAUCUGGGUGUACAUACAUAAAGGAACUUCCAGACUCGGUUGGGAAAUUACAAUCAUUAGUCGAGUUGGAUUUGUCACGAACAAGAAUUUGUCACCUACCUGAUUCAAUCGGCAAUCUAAAGCAACUGAAGGUACUAAGGAUGGGAAGCAUAGGAGGGAUAACAAAAUUGCCAAGUGCGAUUGGGCUGGUGGAGAAGCUCGAAGAGUUGAAUGCUCACGGAUGUUGCAACUUGAUCGGCGAAAUCCCUGAAGAAAUUGGGAGACUAUCCCAUUUGAGGAUCCUAGACUUGUCAAACACAAGUAUAUCCGGAUUACCCACCACGAAGUACUUGAUCUAUCGCGCAUGA